CUCAGAGGACCCCACUAGCCCACAUCUCCGCAGGUUGUGGCUGGUCAACUUAUUUAAGCAAAACAGGGGUACAGCGGAAAAUCGGCAUCAGUUAAUCCGAGCUGCUCUCUGCGGAUAUGGGCAAUUUUCUGUAAGUCGAUAUCGCACACCACCUUCGUGCGUGGGCAGUUGAAUCUUCAAUUUCGCAGCGCAACUUCUAUUCAAAAUGUCGCUCUAUUCUGCAGGCAACUGCCUCAGGCCAGUAGUUCGGCAAUUGUCGUCUACUUCACGCAGCUUCUCAACAACCCCGGCCAUUCUCUCCAAUGCCGUCCCGCCCGAAUCUCCCUCUUACAUCCGACUUCCUUCCCCUCCUCAGUCUCAAACUGACGAAGUCAAGCCACCUCGAGUAAGAGGCUCACUGCCAGUGCCGCGGCAGGUGUUCCUUCGAUCCGAAGGCGAUCGCAAAAUCAAGCCCGAUUAUAUCAACAAGACAGCCCCGAGGUCUGCCAAUGCACGGGAACCCAAGAACGAUUCUCAGAGAUGGAAGAGAGAAAUGGCUGAAACCCGAAGAACGAAUCUUGAGCAAGGUUUGAAGGCACUCUAUACACGCCGCGAGAAGAGCGAUGCAAUUAGGAACGCCCGCGUAAGCCGCAAAUUCAAGGAGAACAACGAGGCUGCUGCUGCGCCAGAAAGAGAAGACGACAGACUCACGCGAAGCACCGUCCUGGAUGCUAUUCUGGACACCAAAACAUACCCCGACCCAGAGCGCUUUGCCCGUGCCCAGCGUAGCCAGGUCAAGGUCCAGAAGAAAGAGAAGGCUAAAUACGAAGCUCGACGGGAUGCUCUUAUGGAGCUGUAUAUCAACGCCUCCAACUUCAUCGUCCAGGAAAGCGAGCUCAAGGCUGAGAUUGAUGAGAUUUUCAGCGAGGACUACUUCAGGAAACAAAGUCAAUACUUCCAACGGUAUGGUACAACCGAAAACGCUUGGGGAAUCUACGGAAAGCCUCCCUCCAUCGCAAACAUGCUGGAAACCACAACUGGAAAUUCAACCAAGCUCAUGGAUUACUACGAGUCCGAAUAUGAUCGCUCCGUUAAGCGGCAGAAGAGGAUUGCUGAGGAAUUUACGGGAGGCAAAAUGGAGUAGCGAUAAUGAGAAUUUUCUUGUAAAAAAAAAAAAAUGAAGAAGUAGAAUAUCAUGCGCCCUUACAGCGCAUUGCAAUGUAUUAUAUAUAUAUCAGAAACACUUGGAAAAAUUCCACAUUCAAGCUUCACAAAUUAAACACAGCUCAAGCUAUGCCAUUCAAAAUAGUUUCUCAAUUGCAUACAAUUACGAAGAAAAAGGAUCAUUUAGCGUUAAUUAGGUCCAAACAAGGCACUCUGCCAAUGCCCAAAAACUAUCGCCACAGAUACACGCGAAAAUUCAAAAAAGGGGCAAGAUAUGCUCUCUAACCAUAAAACGCCAGUUGUGCAAUAUUCCCAGGAAGUUUAGUUUGCCUGAAAUGAGUAUGUACAUGUCGUAACCUGCACAAAAAUGCCUCUUCGCAUCCUGGAUGGAAUCGAAGCUGCUCUUCUCAUCGCUUUUCGACAAGCAAGAUGUGCAUCGCGGCAUAGGCGAGAACGACGAAGGCGGCGGCAAAGAUACCAAGGUUUCUAAUAUCGGACCAAAGGGCGCCGUUUUGGAAUCCAAAGGAGCUAAGAAUAGCGGCACCAGGGACAGUAAUAUCAAGGCCGUACUUUUUGUCCACCAGUGUAAGCUCUAUGACUUCGUUGACGAUGAGCGAUUCAAAGCCAUAGUGGAAAAUAGAGAGGGUCUGAAGCCACAGAGCACCCUUUGGUGUGGCGUCGUGAUUAAGGAGGAAACCAGCGAAGAGGAGGCUGAACAGCAUCACCAAGCUACCAAUCAAGUUGGCUACACCACCGUCCUUGCAAACAAUGCCGAUAAACAGACAGAUGGCUGCUGCUGCCAGAUUAAAUAGGACUAAAACAAGCAUGAACUUGAAGAAAUGCGCCGAAUCUGGCACCAAGCCCGUCAUUGGGUAGAUGAUGGAACCCAUGAGAAUCGGUGGAAUGAUUCUCAAAGGAAUAAUAUCGAACAGGACUUUGGCGGCAAAAUAAGUGGCUGGGGAA